AUGUCUGUCACAACCACUGUCCGAGCCGUAAGCCUCGAGGGCGAUCAUCAUGCCACUGCAGAACCACAACCUCCCGCACAAAUGGAGGAGACGCCCGAGCAGGUCUGCGCCACUGGGGGGUAUCCGGCCCCAACUAUGCCCGAGUUCCAAGGCCCUUACAUAAAGCGACAUCUUGGCAUAUACUUUGGCUUACUUAAAGCAAGCGACAUAGUACAGAUCAACGAGGAUGGCCAUGUCAUUGGUGGAAAUCGCGUCGCAGUCAAUAAAGCUGGAUUUCAAAUACAUGGAGCCAUUCAUAAAGCUCGGUCUAAUAUCAAUGCUAUUUGUCACACACAUUCUCCCGCUGGAAAAGCUUGGUCAACUUUUAGCCGCCCUCUCGACAUCAUCAACCAAGACGCCUGUACCUUUCUUAGUAUACAGGCUAUUUAUGAAAACUUUGGAGGUAUUGUUCUAGAGCGCGACAAGGGGCAGAGAAUUGCCGCGGCACUAGGCAAGAGGAACCGUAUUGCGAUUUUGCAAAAUCAUAGUCUCCUCACUACUAGAUCCACUGUUAAUGAAGCAGGUUAUCUGUUUACACUCCUAGAGCGAUCUUGUGAGGUGCAGAUCAUAGUGGAAAGCGCCGGUCUUCCAAAGAAAAUCAUUAGGAAGAGAGAAGCAGAAUACACUGCCAAGGCUUACCAAGAUCCAGUAAGUACCUGA